AUGCAAAACCCAAUGGAAAUAAUAGUACCAAAUAAAGAAUUAGAAAUUGAAUCAGAACAAGGAAAAAAGGACUCUGAAACGGAACUAAGUGGUGUUAUUACAUCUAUGCUUACAAAUCAAUCUGAAGAAUUAGAUGAUGAUGAAAAAAAACAAAACAACUAUAUAUCUACCGAAAUACAACACAAUGAACAAACCGAAAUAAAAAAUCCACCUGAGCACGAAAAACGGAACCAAGAAAACAUAUUUGCUCAUACCCAAAUAGAUCAAACAAACGAAUACGCAAAACCUGUAGAAGUAAAUAGCCCCUCUGAACAAGAAAUUGAUGAUGCAAUUGAACAGAUGUCAGUAAAAGGUAUUUGCCCACCAGAAAAUUUGCAACCUUAUAUAUUUCAAACUUUAACAAGGAGAAGAGUGGAUGCAAUAUGUAAUAGUGAUUAUGAUCUUGCAGAAAAGCAAGAUAAACUCUCGUCAGUACUUAAUGAAUAUAUCAAAUACCAAGAAAGUCAAAGAAAGAGUGAAGUUAGAGGCGAUAUUUUAUAUAACAGAUAUCUCAAUCUUCAUUCCUCACUUAAAGAAGUUAACGAGCGCUAUGAUAAUAAACGAAAAGAUUUUAUUGAACAAUCCAAUCUAAAGAAAGCAGAGCUAAUUACACAGCAGCAAGAACUAGAAUCUAAAAUAUAUUCUAAAUAUGCUGAUCCGUCUUUUCUUCGCCAGUUUUCUAAAGCCUCCCAGAAUUUAGCUGAGUUACGAGAAAAUGAAGUUAAUCUAGCAAUCCAAAGAAAUUAUGCAGAAGCAAAAGUGAUCAAAGCAGAAGCAGAUUUACUCGAAAAGCAAGAAACAGAACUUGCUCAGCGUAGAAUAUAUGAACAACAGCAAAGUGAGCUUCAAAAUGUAAUCAAUACUUAUGGUGUACUUAUUAAAUCUCACGACGAGAAGGUUGCAGAACAGUUGGUUCUAAUCGAAGCAGAGCGUCGAAAAGAAUGCUCACCGAUAGAAGCAGCUAUUAAACAGAUACAUGUAAAAACGCCUUCAUUGCCUUCUCUAAGGCCAAACUCUGAAGCAAGAUCUGGGCCGGCGCCUGCCAAGAAAUCGCCAAGAACUCAAAUGAAAUUAAGAUCAUAUAUAUCAAAUAAAAGGCCUACAGUGCUACCUAUUCAACCUGGAACAAGUCCAAUGCUGAAAAGACAACCAUCUCGUAGUUUAACAAGAAAUCCUACCAAAAAAUAA